AGCAGUUGGUGCUGCUCCUCAGCGAGCCCUGGCACGAUGCCUUUCCAGCAGGGCUCUGCCCGGACGCGGCAGCGCACCGUCCUUCUGGUGGGGAUCGCGGUCCUGCUGGCCGCCCUCGUCCUCGCCGUGGUGCUGGCCUCCGUCCUGACUCACGGGGAGCGAGAGCUCAGCCCCCAAAUGCUGAAGUGGAAGGACAGAGGGACCACUAGGAACCUGCAGGAAGUCAUCCUGGGAAGAUGUUAUAACUACAUCACGGCACGGUACCCUGAACUGGGCAGAGAUAAGGAUUGCCUAGAAAUAUGGGAAUCAUUAAAACAUGCGUUCAUUUACAAGAACCCCUGUAAUAUUACAUCAGAAGAUUAUCAGCCUUUAAUGGAGUUAGCGAGUCAUCCUAUACCCUGUAACAAGUCACUGUUUUGGAGCAAGACAAGUGACCUCGCUCAUCGUUAUACAAAAUCCAAUCAAAAUUUCCUUACCUUGGAGGACACCUUGUUGGGUUAUAUGGCUGAUAGGGUUUCAUGGUGUGGAGACCCCUCUGCCCCAGGAAUCAACUAUGAAUCCUGUCCAAAACGAAGUGAAUGUGAGAGCAAUCCUAGCUCUGUGUUCUGGAAAAUGGCAUCCAAGAUGUUUGCAGAAGCAGCAUGUGGUGUGGUUCAGGUGAUGCUCAAUGGAUCAGUAGAAGCUGGGGCUUUCAGAAGCAGCAGCAUAUUUGGAAGUAUUGAGAUCUUUAACCUAAAUCCAGAUAAAGUCUCUGCAGUACACAUUUGGCUUAUGCAUGACAUCGGUGGACCUCAAAGUGAAUCCUGCUCAGGUCAUUCCAUAAAGAGGUUAAAAAGCAUCUUAGAAGAGCGAAACUUUAAGAUCACCUGUGAAGACAAUUACAGGCCAGUUCAGCUCCUUCAGUGUGUGCAUAAUCCUGACCACUCAGACUGCAGACUUUGCACCAACGCCACGGCAGCUCCAUGAAAUGCAGUCCUACACACUGCUGAGGACUCUCAUUAUUUGCAUGCAAAACUGGAAAAGAUGAGGUUACAUAGCUUAGAACGAUAAAUAGUAGUGUGGUGUGUACAGAGUCCAUAACCAGAAAUCCUUGCUGUGAUACUAACAACCAAAUAACAGGAGAUGAUACUUUAGGUGUGAUUACUGUACACACAUGCACACAAACAUUAUUUCAAAGGGGCCGGGGCAUGUUCAGUGGUUGAGGGCAGAUGGUUGCCCUUGUUUGCUCCCGCCUGUACAGCUCCCCUUGUGCCCACAGGCUCAGAGCAUGGUAUUCCCUGGGGCAUGCAUAGAGAAGAGAGAGACUUUCUGGCGGAGGCAGAGCUUGCCUGGCUCAGUGCUCUGCUACUUCCCUGCUGGAAGACUGGAUGGGAAGUGACUGGAGCAUGCUACACUCUCCCUGCA